GCGUGUGAUUUACUUGCUAAUUUUCUUUUUUUUAUUAUUUACCCAUUUUAUUUUAAUAAAGAAUUUAUUUAAACCUUUACCAACUACUUGUUUUAUUUUAUUUCAUAAUUUUAAUUAAUAAAUUAUCGCAAUUUUAAUUUAAUUGGCUAAAUAUUUCUUUUAAUAUUGUUUAGAUUUGGAUGAUGAUGCUUCAAAUUCGCUUGAUUUAUUGCGGGAGUCAUCGACUAGCCGUGGACCUGCCAAAAGAGGCAGACCUCGUAAAGACCCAAGGACUGCUCCAAGAACGUCGAUGAAAAUAGUAGGUAAAAUUACUGAAGCCAUUAAUAAUCACCAAGGACAACCUAUUUUGUAUGCUUCCACCACUAAAGGUACCAUGAAAUUAGUGGUAGAUGGUCAUCAUUUCCGCUAUUCAUUCCGUAAGGGUAAAUAUACUAUAUUCCAGUGUUGCUACAAAGAAAACAAAGAGGAAUGUUUAGUGCGUGUGGUUACCGAUCAAAAACUGGUGUAUCCCUUGGAUGGCGAGCAUAUACAUUUCGUACAGGCCACUGAUAAAAGUGUGACUUCUGUAAAAUUUACGCCCGGCGAGGAACCAGAGCCGGAAUUUGUGACUAUAACAGAUGUUCAGCAUAUUGAAGCACCAGUUCAGUCUGAACAAGAACAUGUUACUUUAAAUAUUGGAGAUUUAAUACCACAACCCAUACAGUCUAAUGUUAAGUUGGAGAAUGCACCAUCACAAGAAACAUUGGAAUUUAGCUCAGAAUUAAGUAGUGAAAAGUCACCGGAGGUUACCAAGUCAAAGGAAGUAACUCCGGCCGAAGAUCCCAAUGAGUUUCGUGAGAAGAUUAAAAAACGUUUACAAAAGGCCUUGUUAGGCAAAAAGAAAUAAAAAAAGUUGUGUGGGGCACCUGGGGAAAUGUAAAAUCGG